GAAAAUUCGUUGUCCAUGUUUUUUGAUGCCCGAGAGUUCUUGUGCUGCAUCGAAACAGCGAGCCCGUGUCUCGGCGAUGCGCCAAGUACAGGAGCCGGAGCGAGAGCCCGAGCGAGCAGCUGAUUUCUGCCGUGUUUUGGUGGAGCAGGCGGGCCGACUCCUCGCCACCGCAUUCAAGCGCAGCGAGCCAAGCAGCAGAGCCCCGAGAGGGGGAAAUAUCUUUCUUGGUCCUCAAGGUUUCCAUCGACCGUUUUCCAAUUUUUUUUUCUUGGUUCCGCAUUUUUGAUUGCAAUCGCGUCGGAGGAUUUCGAGAGCGGCGAGCCUGCUGAGGCGAGCGCAGCCGCGCCUGCGGCCUGGCCGUAGUAGCAGGCCGGGAAUCGAAUGAAUUCUUGGUUCCUCGAAGGAGGAGGAGAAGGAGAAGGGGAAGGACAAAGAGCUAGGGUUGAAGGUCAGGAAUUUGGUGGCAGGGAAUUGCAAGGGCAGAUUUUAGUGUGCAUUGCGAUGAGCAGGGAAGGAUAUGGAACUUAGGGUCAGAGCUGGGAGAGCGACGGAAAAUGGUGGCAGAGGCGGUGACGGGUGAUUCAUGGACGAAGUGGAUUGCACCCUUGAGAAUGCAGUACUUCGAGCUGAUUUGUAAUCAUAUCGUCGAAAUUCGAAAUCUAAGCAGAUGAAAGUCGUUCCAGAGGGGAAGCUUCACUCGUCGUGGUGCUUGCAAACACGCGGAUUGUGUGCACAAAUCUUCGAAUUGGUGAUUUCGUUGCGGAUGUGUAGGUUUUACUCCACGAAGAUUAAAUACAUUUGGCGAAGUUCCGACUACACAUAAGGACGAGGCAUCUUGCGAGGAUGCCACAAAGAAGAGUCAUUCACCCAGAAGACGAGGAAGAUAUGUACAGGAGGCUGGGUGCAGUGUCGAUGUUAAAUCAAGCAGGAACUGAGGGUGGGUAAGGGGAGCUGCCAAAGUUUUACUCCCACUACUGAACUCCAUUAAUGGGUUGCUUCUUAGGUUUCUUAGACUGGCAAACUGGCUGAACGCCUUCGUUUGAAUGCACGCGGACUGACAGGAGGGAGGUGUGACUUUGACAUGCUACUUCGUUCCACCAUGGACACGUGGAGUGAAUGAAAUGGAAUCCAGUGCUGAGUCGCUACGUAAACGGAAGAGAACUUGAAUUUCAGAUCAGACCCGGAAACUUUUGAAAUGGAAGGAAAAGAAGCAGAUUUAGUGGAUCCAUUCUUUGACAGCGAGGAAGAUGAGCCGGUGGAUAUGGAAAUGGUCUUUGAGGCCAUGAAGCAUGUGCCUCUGCCGGACAUCGAUUAUCCGGAGCAAGAUGAUCCUAUAUCAGGCGACCCUUGCGCUGCCGAAACUUUACAGGCGAGCAGUUUAUCUUUGCUGCGAGAUCGCAUUCCUCAGGGUUUGCUGAAAAGAAAAGCUAUUAGUGCAAAGGGAGAACCAGCGAAGAAGAAGGGAGUUGGAGCAACAGAAAGGCCGCAGAAGCGCGUCAAGGUCGAAGUGAUAAGCCAUGAACCUCGCAGUAAAUUGUCUCCUAAACAACCUGUGAAAGCGGAGAAUCUGGUCGGCAGCGUUAGAUCUGCGCAGGCAAAAGUUGCUGCUGAAGUAGCUCCCAAUGUUUUUACUGGUGGUAUCGUUGCAGAGUCUGGUCCUCGGCCGGAUUUCAGCCUUUGGACGGUGGACGACGACCUGCUUUUGAAGAAUGCAAUGGAGGCUGGCGCAGCUAUGGAGGCUCUGGGGAAAGGUGCUAUGCGUUUUUCUCGACGGUUCACCGUGAGAGAAUUGAGGGAGCGCUGGCGUGCUCUUUUGUACGAUCCCGAGAUAGCAGCUCAAGCCGCAGCUAGGAUGGUUGAAGCAGAGCUUGCUGUUAGCAAUAUCGAAGGACCGAAGAUUGUGAGCGAACAAAAUAAUCCAUUGGAACUUGCUCGAAAGAGGAGAGCCAACAGCAUACGCACUUUGUAUUACAAGAAGAGAAGGAAGGUGCUCACAGAAACUGUCCCUCCUGGCAGUGCGAAUGGCCUAAUAGGCAACGAUCUCGAAGAUGUAUUCAUGCCGGGAAUGGGGUUUGCUUCUGACAUGCCAGGAGAUCAUGGUUCAAAACACUUUCCACAUCUCGAUUUCAUGGCAAUGGGAUUAAUGGAUACUCAUCUACUCGAGUCAUUGUCCCCGAAGGAAACAACUUCACUUGAUUCUGAUGACCAGUCGUUUUCACAAAUGUUCAGCCUUCUCGCCACAGGUGGCGUCCGGGCUGUUAUUGGAGCUUUACCUGCUGGCCUGUCGAUGGAUACACUUGAGCAGGAUCUUGGUGUAAUGAUGGAUGAUAUGCACAGCAGGGGUACAAUGGCUGCUGAAACGGAUGACAUGUUCAAUACAGGGAGAGUCAAAGGAGAAGAAGCCGGUGAUACUAGAGGAGAGAAUGAGCAGCUUACUUCUGCAAUGUCUGAACCUCAUCUCCGACAGAGCAUGGUCAUUCACACACAUCCUUGUGAAAGUGACGAGGACGAAGCAACUAUAACCAUAGCUGAUAUUGAAAUGGAUGCUCGAUUGCAGGCAUCAAAUGACUGUUCCAAGGUUGAUAGUUUAGGAGCUGGAAAUGACAUGCAUUUUGAUGGCGCGAAUGCAGAAGGAUAUGCAGUUAGUGCGGGCUUACAUAUGGAUGAAUCUGCUCUCAAUGGACAUCUCAAAGAUCAAACGAUAGGUGGAUAUGCGCCAUCUUACAGAGACUCACAUCUGAACACCGUUUCAGGCGUUACUUCUGUCUCUGAGUAUGCUUCAGUUGAUGGUGAAUUGGAGAGCAUAACACAUUUGAAGUCGAAUAGCAACGCUAAGUAUGCUUCAGUGAAAGCUGAGAUUCCCUGUGAAACAAGUUCGGUAUCAGUAAUGGAUCACAGGGACGGCGUUGCUGCUGAUACCAAGUUAUCUUGUCUUUCACCUAUUAUGAGGGCUGACCCUCCCUUGUCGGAAGUAACGGACAACACUCAACGUCAAGAGCACAGUCCUUGGGCUAGUGUCGAUGCCGAAAUGGAUGUUCACCUUGAGGAGUACGACAAGCUGGAGGAGGAUGUUGAAUGCUGUGAAUGUGGACGCAUAGUACAUUACGUUGCAGAUCCUGAUGAGAGUAGAGAAGACUACACCUCUAAUGACCAAUGCUAUGUGGGUGAAGAACAAGAUAACUUCUUACCUUCGGUAUUAACUGGGGAAUCAUGCACGCUUGACUUGGACCACAGACAUGGAGAAAAUUUUGACCAAGGAUAUUGCACAAUACCAGCUUCUGUUGGUCUCGAGAAUCCUGUGUGCACUCUCAAUACGGAAGACAACGAUGACAUCCCAAAUCUCGAUGACGUUCUACCUUAUCCGCCGUCACCCUCCCUACCAUCCUCACCUUCAGAGGACGAAUACUUGGCAAUGUUAGAGAGUCCUAUAGCCAAUGCGGGACCGGAAGGGGAUGGUGAUGCCGACGUAGAAGCCGAGGGAGCCCGAGAGCAUCAUGUAGAUGAGUACAUGUACGUAGGAAGCCCUCUCAGAGUAGAUGCCGCAAUCAUCAAACAUGAACCGGAGAUCUUCGAUACUUAUGGUAACCCCAUUCACGAUCCUACGAAGCUAGGAUCAUUUGUAGAUAGAAGCGGGGUAACGAUGGUGACAAGUGACAAAGUGGAGAGGGCGGGAGAAGUAGCAACCGCCUAUCAGGACGAGGCAAUAGAUUUUAGGAAUGCUGAUCUUAUGAGCUGUCCUGUAUCCAAUACACAUGUCUCUUCUAUGUCUGAGCAAUGUUUACCAUGUUCACCAAUUAUUGCGAAUAGACAGCAACAAUCUUUACACAUGUCCGUAGAUGGCAACCUGCAACCAGCCAAUUCGGGGAGGGCAGUCGACUGUCAAACAAUCAUUCCUUAUACACCGCAAUGCCCGCCCAACCUAGCUUCUAGGCAGGUAGAGAUGGUAUCUUUAGACGGAGAAACAGGUAAUUUGGAGCCUGAUUUCCCAACUCUAGGAGAUUUGCCACCUGUGAUACCUCCCAUUGAGCAAGUUCCGGCAAACAGGGAAUCUUCAAAGCUAGCCUUGGAACCACCAGAGGAGGUGCUUGAUAGUGAUGAAGAGAUGGUCCGGUUUUCCGAUAUCGAGGCAAUGAUACUGGAUAUGGAUCUGGACGCAGACGAUGAAUUUUCUGCUCGAGCAGAAUCUAGACGUACAUAUAGGAGACAUGGGCGAGCAUUCGUAAGACUGGAGCAAGCUGCAUCAGCUGCAAUGCAAAGGUCUCUCAACGUUCAUGGAGCUCUCGCGGUCCUUUACGGAAGACAUUUCAAGUACUACAUCACUCAAACUGAGGUAAUGAUGGGACGGGCUACUUCCGAUAAUGCUGUCGACAUAGAUUUAGGAAAAGAAGGGCGGGCCAAUAAAGUUUCUCGUCAACAGGCAAACAUCAAAUUGAAGGAUGAUGGAGUCUUUUACUUACGUAACCUCGGACGACGUGGCCUUACUGUCAACAACAAAGCUGUUGAAACAGGUCAACGAGCUAUUUUGGGAUCAAGCUGCCUUAUCGAGGUCGGGGGUAUGCGGUUCAUAUUCGAAAUUAACCGGAAGCUGGUGAAAGAAUACAUUGAGAGAAGACACCACGAGCAGUAAUUGAGUUUUAUUGCAUUGUUUUCUGUUUCAUAUUCUUUCUCGGUCAAGCAUUUCUUAUCCGAAAACUAAUAAAAGCAAGAUAAAAGGCUAGUCACAUUCAUAUCAAAGUUUUGCACCGGUUUACAUGCUCCUGACGUAGGCUUGUAUAGCUAUUUCUUCUCUUUCUCUUUUGUGAAUCAUACGUGCGUAGAGUAUAAUAUAGAAUAAUGGAUAAAUUGAAAUCAGGAAGUACGGGAAGUCGUAUUAUUCUGAUCAGCCUGUAUGAAGGUCCGUGGUAGCAGUGUAGCACAUCUCUCGCACUCCUUCGCAUCGCAUCAAAUCAGGUACAAGUAAAGUCGCUUCGACUCUCAUAAAGAUAAAAUUGCUUACACAAGCGACGGGUAGCUGCAAUUCCAUCAAAUUCUCAUGUCCACAUGAGAUUCAAGUUGUCUUAUCACAUCUCACUCAGAUUUAAGUGGACGAGUUGUCUCAGCCUUCUCGUCAUCACCCUUGGUGGUGUAUCAUUAUGGGUUGCUAUACGCAUCUGGAAAGCUAAGCUUUUGACUCAACAAGAGAUUUGAGUAGACUGACAAAUCAUCUCCAAUGUGAGUUUCUUUUCCCUUUGCGUAGCUGAUAACAUCAGACGAUGGCAAAUUUCUUCCACACAGUAAAUGCGAGUUACAAGAGGUCCAAGUCUGCAAUGUGUGUAGUAGCUUGAUCCAUUUCAUAAAGAACGAACUUACUUCUAAGCAAUCCGUACGCUAUUCUCGUUUUGAUAUUUCUUGAUUUUUGGUGUAACUUGCAUUCGCAACAGACGUCGGAUGUAACAACCAGAUUCAACCGAAGUCCGGUUUCGAACGGAUAUGGCUGUCAGGAUGGUUGAGGAGAUAAGGCUCUGUCUGAUGCAGUCCGCAGAUGUCGAGUGUGUAAGUUCAACCGAGUUGCAUGAUUUAGCUUACUUUCACCCUUUCCUUGGUGGAGUUUAUCCUCCUGUGAAACUCUCUGGCGCAGAAAGAUUUCAUAGUAUGGAAGAGCCAUUUUAUAGAGUACAAUUUCAUUGCACCCAGCGGAUGAAAACCACACAAGCUUUAGCGAUCGACACCUCUAUCACAGUCACAUGGUACUUUCGAAUGGAGAUAUUAGAACAAUACUUUACUUCCGUCUCGGGUGGGCCACUCCGGUUUUGAUAAACAAUCUACUCGUGAGAUAUAUAGCGCAAAAUAUGAAAUCUAGCAAGAAACCUCAAAAUUUUGAAGGUUAUAGAGAGUACAUAUGUUCCCGUUGCAGCUGCAGCAUUCGACACGAAAGAUUCACCUAAACCUUCAUUGCCAGCGCCAAGGCGCCUUCUAAUCCAAAGUGGAACAUUUUUCAUGU